AUGACGUCAUUACAUAAACAAAUUAUUGAAUCACAUAAUAAUGAUAUAACCAAAUUGAAAUCAUCAAUGUCAACAAGAGCAGCUGCUAGAAGAAGUGUUUGUUUAUCUUCAAUGUCUUAUACAUUAGGUGCUGAUGAUGUUACACCAAUCACCUCAAAUACAACCCCUAGUAAUAAUAAUAAUAAUAAUAAUACUACCACCACCAUAACUACCACAACUACCACCCCAACCAUAUCACCACUAAAGCAAUCAACUACAGGUAGUAUUAUACCCAAAUCAAUUUUAGUUACAAAAUCAGGCUCAAAGGAGGAACCUAUUGUAUCAUCCUCAAAAUCAAGUAGUAAUAGUAGUAGUAUCAAUAAUAACUUUAAUAAUUUAUAUUCAGCAUCAACAUUUAGUAGUAGUACAAAGAAAGUACAUGAAAGACCAAGUAUAAAUCCAGGUUUUAGAAAACCAAGAGAGGCAUUAUUAAGUGGUAAUAGUGAUAGUGGUAUUAUUAAAAAACCAUCUUCAUCAUCUACUUCUUCUUCUUCUUCUUCUUCUUCAACUACUAGUAAUAUAAAAGCACCAAUUCAAAUUUCACAUUCUAGCAAUAGUGGUAGUAGUAGUAGUGGUGGUAAUAAUAAUAAUAGUGAUGAUAAUAGUGGCAGCUCUACAAUUAAACAUACUGCUGCAUCAUUAUCAAAAAUGAAGUUAUCACCAUCGCACACAAUUUCUGAUUCUCCAAGAUCCUCAACUAUGAAAUCUAGAUCUGUUUCAAUUUCAAAUGGUAGUUUAUUCUCACCAACCAAUACUUCUGUAAAUAAUAGCAAUAACAAUACAUCAUCAAAUAUAAAAACCCCAACCAAAUCAUCAAUAUCUGAGAAUUUAGAUCAAAAUACACCACCACCACCAUCAUCAUCAUCAACAACAAAAACACCAACUGCAACAACAACAACAACAACAACAACAACAUCAUCAUCGUCAUCGACAUCAACAAAUACAACACCUUCUAAAUCAUCAGUGGAUGAUGUUUUUGCAAGAUUAGCCAAUGUAUCAAAACCUGCAAUUAAAUCAAGAUCAUUAUCUGUUUCUGCAAGUUUGGCAAGGGUUGAACAAUCCCCACCAACUAAAGAUAAGGGAGAUAAAGAAUCUUCAUCUUCGUCCUCCUCUUCUUCAUCUUCAUUUUCUAGUAAAUUUACAAAAAUACUUAGGAGUUCAUCAAAAACACCAACACCAACUUCAUCCAACACUACAGUACAACCCUCAACAACCUCAUUAUCAGCAUCAAAGAUAUCAUCUAGAAAAGAUACAAAAUCAUUAUCAUCUUUUUCAACUACAACUACUACUACUACUUUAAAAUCCUCAUCAUCAUCAUCAUCAUCAUCAUCAUCAUCAUCAAAAUCAAAUAUAGCAUCAAGCUCAUCAAGUUCAUCAAAUAAUUUAACAAACUUACUCACACAAUCACAAUCAAUUUCGUCAACAUCAACAUCAACAACAACAACACCAACUUCAACUUCACCAACAUUGGCAUCAUCAAUGUCUGUAUUAUCAUCACCAACUUCAACCACUACCACCUCCACCUCUACCACCUCCACAACAACAACACCAACCAAAUCAUCAUGUACUAUUAUAACACCAUCGAUUGCAUUGAAAUUAUAUAUAAACGAUUUAACAUCAGCAGAACAAUCAGAGAUUCUGGAUUAUCCUCAAAUCUAUUUCACUGGUAAUACCAAUAAAAAAACAAAAUUCAAUUCACAAUUACCAAACAAUGGUUAUGAUAAUGAUAUUGGUGAAUAUAAAGUGGUUGAACGUGAUCAUAUAGCAUAUCGUUUUGAAAUCGUUUCAAUACUUGGUCAAGGUUCAUUCUGUCAAGUAGUAAAAGGUUAUGAUUAUAAAACUGGUGAAAUGGUUGCUUUAAAAAUUUUACGUAAUCAAAAAAGAUUUCAUAAUCAAGCUUUAACUGAAAUUAAAAUUUUAGAAUAUUUAAAAACAAAUGAUCCAAAUUCAACAGCAAGCAUUGUCCAUUUAAAUAAUUAUUUUUAUUUUAGAAAUCAUUUAAUUUUAACAUUUGAAUUAUUAAGUAUGAAUUUAUAUGAUUUUUUAAAAGUAAAUCAUUUCCAAGGUUAUAAUUUAAAUUUAGUUAGAAGAUUUGGCGCUCAAAUCUUAACUUCACUUAGAUUUUUAUCAAAGAGAAAUAUAAUUCAUGCCGAUUUAAAACCUGAAAAUAUUUUAUUAAAAUCACCAACUAAAUCUGGUAUAAAAUUAAUUGAUUUUGGUAGUAGUUGUUUUGAAAAUGAACAAAUUUUUACAUAUAUUCAAUCAAGAUUUUAUAGGUCACCAGAAGUUAUAUUGGGAACUAAAUAUGAUAAAUCGAUUGAUAUUUGGAGUUUAGGUUGUAUAUUAGUAGAGAUUUUCACAGGUGUACCAUUAUUUCCAGGAUCUGAUGAACCUGAACAAUUAGCAUGUAUAAUGGAGGUGCUUGGAGCUCCCCCAAAAAGUGUAAUUGAUAAUUCAACACGUAAGGAUAUUUUCUUUGAAGAUGAUGGUACUCCAAAACCUGUUAAAAACUCAACAACUGGAGAACUCUAUACAAUUGGUACAAAAUCUUUUAAGGAUUCAAUUAGAUCGGGUGAUGAAGAUUUUGAUAAUUUCAUUUUGGAUUGCUUAAAAUGGGAACCAUCUCAAAGAAUUACUGCUGAACAAGGUUUAAAACAUGAUUGGAUAAUUAAAGUUAUUGCUCCAACUGCACCUUCAACACCUUCUUAA